GCACCAAGGCACGGGCGGCACGCCACUGUGUGCGGCACGCAGCCUCGGCCCUGAGCACAAAGUACCAUAUGCACACAGGAUCACCUCCAGUUCUCUGCCCAAUCAGUGUGCUAUAUCUGUUCAGGAAUCAGGACGUCGCUAGCAACAAGUUGUCAACUACCCAAAUCUGCACGAGGUCAAUAGGAGUAUCUCAAAUCGGCUAACAAGUAAUAAUCCUCUCGAUACCCGAAUCGGUGAAGGAAAACAAGACGAGUCCGUCGGUCGUGAUCGGUACCAAUGGAAGGCGCAGCGGGGAUCAGGACGAGGCCGGCGGUGUGCGUGACCGGCGCGGGCGGCUUCGUGGCCUCGUGGCUCGUCGAGCGCCUCCUCGCCGGCGGCCGAUACAUGGUCCAUGGCACCGUCCGUGAUCCGGGCGACGCCAAGAACGCGCACCUGGCGGCGAUGGACGGCGCCGCGGACCGGCUGCGCCUGUUCAGGGCCGAAUUGCUCGACUACGGCAGCGUGGCGGCGGCCAUCGCCGGCUGCGACGGCGUCUUCCACGUCGCGUCCCCAGUCCCCAUGACCUAUCCAAUCGGUGACCCCGAGGUAGAGCUGCUCGCUCCGGCCGUGACGGGCACCAAGAACGUCCUGAAGGCGUGCUCGGAGGCCAAGGUGAAGAGGGUCGUCGUGGUGUCGUCGGUGGCCGCCGUGAUGGUGAACCCUGGCUGGCCCCAGAACGAGGCCAUGGACGAGGCUUGUUGGUCCGACGUCGAAUUCUGCAGAACCACUCAGAACUGGUACUGUCUCUCCAAGACACUCGCGGAGCUGGAAGCGCUUGAUUACGCAAAGAGGAGUGGACUAGACGUGGUGUCCGUCUGCCCGUCGCUGGUGAUCGGGCCCUUGCUGCAGUCGACGGUGAACGCAAGCAGCUCCGUCAUAGUCGAUUGCUUGAAAGGAGAUCGUGAGGUGAAGCUGAAGCUGAGGAACUUCGUGGACGUCCGCGACGUCGCCGACGCUCUGCUCCUGGUGUACGAGACUCCGGAGGCGUCUGGACGGUACAUCUGCGACGCAAAUGCAAGGCAGAUGUCUGAGGUCGUAGCGCUGCUCAAGGACUGGUACCCUGCCUACAGUCAUGCUGCCACCAAGUUCGUGCAGGUGAGCGAUGAGCCUUUGUUCAGCUCCAAGAAGCUGCAGGCGCUGGGCUGGAAAUUCCGGACUCUGGAGGAGAGCCUCAGGGACAGCGUUGAAUCCUUCAAGGCGGCAGGUGUCCUGGUGGAUUGAACAGAACAGGCAGCGCCCUAUUCCUGGAUGACCUUCGCAUUUUGUAAACCGAAGUUGCUGUCUUGUGCAAGAGCAUCCCGACGUCCUCGGAUAAUGUAAUAAAAAAAGCAAAAGCGACAAAGUUUGCCGUGUAUUAUAGCGGCAUUGUUACUUAACGCUGUUUUAUUUUGUGGAAAUACUUAACGGUGUUUUAGUUUAA